AUGAACAAACCUCUUGCUGAAUCCGUGCUCGGUCUUGACCUCGUGAUGGCCUUCGAUGGUGAGAACGUUUCCCUCGAGAUUGACCUUCAACUCCUCUGGCUUGAAAGCAGCGACAUCGAGCUUGACGGCAAACUUGUUGUCGGUGUUCUCGACUUCGUUGUGUUGCUGUGGAACGAUGUUGUUGAAGUCGUUGAGCAUGCUCAUGCGCUGAGCCCAGUAUGGCAUCAUUGGCUCGAAGUCACGAAGAAGUCCCAUUGGGCGACCGGUAUAUGGGCAGAUAGACAUAGUUGA